AUGUCUGUUAGCGCCGUUGGCGCGUUCCAAGGGGGCAGCUCGGAUGGGAACGGGUGGGAGAUGGGGAUGGAUGCGGGCGGAACAGCUGUAAUGGCGGAGGAACUCGCGCGGGGAGUUGGCGCAGGUUCCGCCGCUGGCGCGCCCGCGGGCAAUGCGCGACCUGGUCGUGGCAGGGGCGCAGGGGGGACUCAUAUCGCGGUUUCUCCCCGCGGGGCUCCCCCGUACACAGGAAUGUCGCGCGGAGGGGGACCUGGCGGGAGAAUGGGGAGGGCGCAAGCCAUGGUCGCGGGGAGAGGCCCUCAGGCUCGGCCCCAUACCGGAAGCUCGGCUUCGGGGCCUUUUGGCUCGGCAGGAAUGGACCCAGUGAGACAUGCAGUGAUGAGCAUCGGUGCCCCUGGUUCGGGGUCCCCGAACCACUUGCCAGCCCAGCAGCAGCUGCAGCCGCACCAACACCUGCAGCAGCAGCAGCAUUUGCAGCAGCCGCUGCAGCAGCAGUCGCCCAGGAGGCCAGUGCACCGCAGGACAGCUUCCACUCCCCCUGAGAACCUCGUGCCUGCUGCUGCUGCUGCCAGGCCCGCAUUCGCCGCCCCUGCUGCUGCUUCUUCUGCUGCAGGCGCGUCUGGCUCUACUGCUGCUGCUGCUGCUGCUGCUGCUGGUGGGAUGAGAGCAGCCGGGGCGGCUCCCGGCUUGGUGGGAGGAGGAGCGGCAGGGGCAGCAGCACAGAGGCACAGGCGCACACAGUCAGAUGUGGUUUUCACAGGCGUGCAGGGGGGUGGGCAGGGGGGCAUGCAGGGAGGCAUGCAGGGGGCGCAGGGGAUGAUCCUUCAGUCAUCUGACGGUCCUUACAGGCCAGCAGGUGCGCAUGGGAUGAAAGGAAUGGGGAGGGGCGCAGGCGGGGGAGUGGGAGGGGGGAUGGGAGGGGCAGUAGGGACUGUGGGUGGAGCAGGAAAGGCUGGGGCAAUGGCUGCUUCUGGCUCAGAAUUUGGGUUCUAUGAAAGUGUGAGUAUGGAUGCUGCUUCCUCGGGCGCACAUGCCAUGCAAGGCAUGCAUGGUACGCAUGGGUCCAUGGUGGGCCCUCGCAGCCCUCGCAUGGGUGGCUUUGCAACAGCAGGCAGUGCAAGGCAAGCCGGAGGAUACGGGUCGCACGCAGGGGGAUCAGGGACGCAUCAAGUUGGCCCACAGCAGCAGCGGCAGUCGAGCGUGGUGCCUGUGAGCCCCAGAAGCGUUCCUCUCGUCAGCCCCAGGCGGGCAGCAGGCACGGCAACGGGGGGCAUGGGAGGCACCAGGCCAUGGGAUGCACCCGGCAUGGGAGGCAUGGGAUCAACCACAGCAGCAACAGGAGGAGGGCCAGCAACAGCAGGAGGGUCAGCAACAGCCGGAGCAGGGGGAGCGGCAGCAGGCGGGGGCAUGCCUCCUCGCAGCCCCAGGGGACUAGCUUUCCCUCUAUCCGCGUCCACGUCCGCCCUGCAUCCUUUCUUCGCCAGCCCCACGCGUUCCUUCAACAGCCCCACUCGCUCCCUCGGUAGCCCCUCCCACUCCCCCGUGCCUGGGCGAGCGCCCCUGGGCGGUAGGUCUCUCUUUGGCAACGACCGGCGCUUUGGCAGCUUUGUGGAGCGGAGUAUGAGGGUGGGGGGCGAGGGCAUGGAGGAGUUUGCUCUAGGAGGAGCAGUGGGCGGCGGAGGAGGGGUGGGGGGAGGGGGAGGAGGGGGAGGGGGGAUUCAGAGUGGGUAUGGGCAGUGGAGGGGCAGUCCCCCGGAUGGGGAGCAGGGAGGGAGGCGGAGGUAUGCGCUGCGAUCGGGGAGUUUUAUCGAGAGGCGCACUGAGAAUGAGUGGUUUGAUCACAGUGCGCCUGGACCCUUUCCUGCUGCUCCUCAUGCCCUUGGUGUUGCUGCUGCUGCUGCUGCUGCUGCUGGUGCCAGUGCUGGUUAUUUCAAUGCUGCUGAGGUUCAGAUGGUGGGGGGGUUUAGAGGUUUGUCGCUGGGUUCUGCUGGGUCGAAUGCUCUGGGCCGGGUGAAUCACCCUGUGGGGCGUGCGACUAGCUAUAACAGCAGCACGGGCAGUGCUGCCAGCAGUGGUGCCAGUUCCCCUGCUGCUGGCAUUGCUUCUGCUGCGCAUGCUGCUGCUGGUGCUGCUGGUCGGGUCCAUUCGAAGAGAGCAGAAGGGAUGUAUGCGUCUGGUGGGCCGAGCAGACUGAGUGUGGCACACAAUGAAGGGGAGGAGGGGGUCGAGAGAGGGGGUAGAGGAGGAGCUGGAAGGGGAGGAGGAGAAGUAAUUGAGAGAAAACGGGCUGGAGAGAAGCAGAUGAAGGGUUUGGUGGAAGAUGGUGGUGGGAGGAGGGAGGGGAGUAGGAAGGGGAGGAGGCGGGGAGAGGAGCGAGUGAAGGACCUUCGGACGCAGACGGAUAGUGAUAGCCACAGCGAGAUGGAUAGGGAGAGGAGGGAGAGGAGGAGCGGGAGGCGGAGGAGCGUGAGCAGCAGUGGAAGGGAGAGUGGCAGAGGAGGCAGGGAGAGGAGGGGGAGCAGGGGACGCAGGAGAAGCAGUUCCAGGAGCAGCAGCAGCAGCAGGUCGCGGCGCAAAGACAGCUCAAGGGAGAGAGAUACCGAGCAGAGGAAGGGCAAGAGUGGGCGAUCGCGGUGGAAGGAAAAGGAAGAGCGAAGGGCGAAGGUGGGAAGAGGCGGGGUGGGGAGUGAUAGCGAGAGUCUGACGGCGAGUGCAAGUGAGGUGGAGGAGAGGGACGUGCAGCGGUCCUCGAGAAGAGAAAGGAGGAGGAGGAGCCAUCGGCGCUAUCAUAGGGUGGGAGGCAGCAGCAGGAGUCAGAGCGACUCCCGGAGCAGAUCCCAAAGCAGGGAAAGCCAGCGGAGUGAAGAUGAGGGAGGGACAAAGGAUUGGGACCUGCCAGAAGCUGAAGCAGAUGCAAGCAGGGGAGGUAAGGCACCUCAGCCAAGGGAGGUGGAUGUGAAAGUGAGAGGGCAGAGUGCGAAGGGAGGGAGCAAGGAGAAUGGGGCGAGGGGUGAGCGGAAGCUGAGCAGUGCAGGGUCACGGACAGAGAGGAAGGAGCGGGGCGAGAGGGAAAAGGGGAUAGCGGGAGAGGGGGGGAGGCAAUUGCGUACAGCCGGGUCUCGAAAAGAGAGGCGGGAAGGACGAGAGGGGAAGGAGAGCGAGGAGGAACGAGGGGAGAGAAAACUGCGCUCUGGUGGCUCUAGGAAGGAGAGGAGAGAGGGAGGAGAGGGUGGAGGAGCGGACAUAGUGGGGGGCAGAGAGAGGAAGCUGCACACAGCAGGGUCGAGAAAGGAGAGGAGGGAGGGAGGGGAGGGUGGAGGGGUCGCAAAAGCGGCUGGGGAGAGGAAGCUGCAGAGUGGUGGUUCGAGGAAGGAGCGGAAGGAGGGGCAUGAGACGCUUGCGAGGCCGAGCGGGCAUGGGGACGGCAGGCGAGUGGAGGAUGGGAGCAAGGUCGAUGGUGGCGUUGCUGGUGCUUCUGAGGUCAGACGCUCUGUUUCUGGUGCUGGUGCUUCUCGUGCGGGUGUUGCUGGUGUUGCAGGGGAAAGUGCAGCCAGGCCCCACCGUCAUCAUCCGCACAGCAGCAGCCAUCCCCACAGCAGCAGCCAUCACCCCCACAACAGCAGCCACAGCCAUAGCCACACCCGUGCGCAUGCACACACCAGCGGCCACAAGGGAGUGACAACGACCGGUAACAAGCGAGAUAUAGAGGCGGGAGCAUCCCAAGCCUCUGCAUCUUCUGCCACCAUGAGUGCUUAG